GGGCCCGAGGGGCGUUUGUCAGCCUGGCGGGGCGGCCGGUGACUUCGCUCUCUCUCUGUUUUUUUUUUUUGAUAGCGUGGAGAAGUUUCGCUGAUUUUUGACGCAGGGUUUGUUAUUUUUACUAACCGUGAGGUGGGGGUUUCGGUGGAAGCCGUGGUCCGUCGGGAUGAGUUUUCUCCUGCCCAAGCUGACCUGCAAGAGGGAGGUGGAUCAGGCAAUAAAAAGCGUGGCCGAGAAGGUUUUGGUUCUCCGGUUUGGAAGAGAUAACGAUGCUGUUUGCCUGCAGCUCGAUGAUAUUCUCGCAAAGACAGCACACGACCUAAGCAAAAUGGCAGUCAUUUACCUGGUGGAUGUGAACAAGGUUCCAGUGUACACCCAGUAUUUUGACAUCAGCUAUAUUCCAUCUACUGUAUUUUUCUUCAAUGGACAACAUAUGAAGGUUGAUUACGGGUCUCCAGAUCAUACCAAAUUUGUGGGAAGCUUCAAAACAAAGCAAGACUUUAUAGAUCUGAUUGAAGUGAUUUACCGUGGAGCAAUGCGUGGAAAGCUUAUUGUGAGAAGCCCUAUUGAUCCCAAUAACAUUCCUAAAUACGACCUUCUGUACCAAGGAAUUUAAAGGAUUGACCUGAGAGAAAGAAUUGUGGGAACGAUGUUCUAGAUCCCUUUUUUCCUUCAGCCAUUUUUAGCCACUUCUGAAAAUAUGGGAGAGUUUGAGCAUUUAUGUGGAAGGAUCAUAUUGGUCGUCUUCUGGAGACAGACGUUCUGUCACCUUAUACUUCUCUUGUAAAUAAAGCUACAUGUUUGUGCAUAGAACUCA